UGUCAACUUCCUGUUGUUUUUUGUUUCCGCUUUUUCAAACCAGGAAGAUGGAUUUGCUGUCGAGCAAAUGGAUCAUUAACUUAUUGUUUUGUCUGUUUUUCGCCGGAGUCGGUUGCAACUCAGUGGAAGACAAGAUUUAUGUGAACCUGAAUCACAGUUCUCCGUGUGUGCGAUUGCUUAAUGCAACUCAUCAAAUAGGCUGCCAGUCGUCUUUGUCAGGCGAUGUGGGAGUGCUCCAUUUGCUCGAGUCGGAGGAAAACCUGGACUGGGUGCUGCAAACCGGUCCCAACCCUCCCUACAUCGUCAUCCUGGAGUCCGCGUUAUUUACAAGAUCCAUCAUGAUGAAGCUGAAGAACGGUUCCAACAGAGUGGCUGGAGUUGUUGUUAUCGCACCGAACACUAAUCUGCCAGGCGGCUUCUCUCCGCACAACACCUGUCCCAACGAGAACACAGGUGUGUAUUCAGAGGACUACGACCCGACCAUGGCCCACUGUAACGUGACGCUGUGGAACCCUCUGGGCAACAGUUUGUCCUACGAGGAGUUYGACUUCCCCAUCUUUUCUCUAAAGGACGACAACGACACGCAGGUUAUACGACAGUGCUACAUGGACCACAACCGGCCGGUGAAUGGCAGCRGCCCUCAGUACCCGCUGUGCUCCAUGCAGCUGUUCUCCCACAUGUCUGCUGUCACCGACACGGUCACCUGCAUGAGGAGAGGUAGCCUCAGCUUCAGCCUGAACCCAGAAGAGGUGUGUGACCCUCUGGGUGACUUUAACAUUUGGGCCACCACCAAUCCUCUGAACAACACGGUCAAGGGCCACAAAGCAGGAGAGACUGUGAUCAUCGCAGCAGCCAGACUCGAUAGCCGCUCGUUUUUCUUUGAUCUGGCUCCCGGCGCGGAGAGCACCGCCUCUGGUCUGGUCACUCUGCUGGCAGCUGCCAACGCACUGCGGAACGUCACGCAGGAUAAUCAGCUGAACAGAACCAUCCUCUACACUUUCUUCCACGGGGAAACAUUUGACUACAUUGGCAGUUCAAAGAUGGUKUACGACAUGGAGAAAAACCAGUUUGUUGUGGACCUGGACAACGUUCACUCAGUCCUGGAGGUCGGACAGGUGGGUCUUCACGGUGACUCAAAGCUCUGGCUUCACUCWGACCCUGUGUCCAGGAAGAACAGCAGCGUCAAUGAAGAGGUGAAGAAGAUCGUCAACACUUUGAACUCAGCUGCCAAAGGCUUAGACUUCUCCGUGGAGGAGCCCGGCGUCACCCAGCCGCUUCCUCCUUCAUCCUUCCAGCGGUUCCUGCUGGCCCGGCCCAUCCCCGGUGUUGUUAUUGAGAACCACCGAKCCAGCUUCACCAACAGAUACUACCAGAGCAUGUUUGACAACACAGACUACCUGAACGUGUCGUACCCCCUGGACCUGACGCCGGAGGAGCAGCUGAACUUUGUUACAGACACAGCAAAGGCUCUGACUAAGGUGGCGACCAUUGUGGCUCAAACACUGUUUGUACAAGCUGGAGGAAGCGAAACCGAGUCACGUAGCAUUCAGGCAGACGAUCUGCUGGUGAGCCGGAUGCUGUACAGUUUUCUUGUUAGGUCCAAUAACUCCUGGUUCCAGCAGUUCACYGCCUCUGAGCACGCAAAACAACUCAGCGACCAAAGCACAAGCUUCUACGUCGGUGUGACUGAUAUGAUGAGCGAGCCGACUAUCCUCGUCCGGUACUUGUUGUCCAACCUGACUGGCAGCACCGUCAACGUCACUCAGGAAAACUGCAAAAACCAGAGGGAGGGUAAAGACGACCAGGAGAGCAAACACAUCUAYGACUACAUCUGGGUUCAGGGAGCAGCGCCUCCCAACAGCACGGAGCGACAGGGUUUCUGCGUGCGCUCCACCGUUCGCGUGUCCAAAGCCCUCUCCCCGGCCUUUGAAAUCAACGAUUACACCUCCAAAAAUUACUCCACGUGGACCGAGUCCAGGUGGAAGAAGAUCAGAGGGCGCAUCUUCCUGGUGGCCAGUCACGACCUGGAGAUGUUGACGCUCGGUGUGGGUAUCGGCGUGUUGCUAUCGUCCUUCCUCCUGACGUACUUCGUCAGCUCAAAGGCAGACAUGCUCUUCAGCUCGGGGAGGGAACCCGCCAGCGCCACCUACUGAUCCAUCUCAGGCCCGACACCACCACUACAACAAUCACUGCUACUACCACUUCUAUCCCAAACAUGGAGAGUUUCCUUUUAAACAGCACGUGAAGGUACACCCACAGAGUUUCCUUUAAAAAAAAAAAAAAAAAAACCGACUCCGUGUUCGUGGACUCACUCAGGUGAGGCGUGACGGGACGACUGGAGUGGACUGGAUGGAUCCGGACUCAUCAGGGUCAAACAAAAGCACUGGUCAGGCACCAGUGGGCCCUGUCAGUAGACAAGAUCUUACUUUGUUUUAGGAUUUUGUUUUCCCUUUUUAUUUGUCAAAGAAUGUUUUGUUUACUGUGUCAUGGGAUGCGCACUAAACAUCGGACAUUGUUUUGAGUGUGCGUGCGAUUCUGAACGAGUGUGUGUGAGCAAUUACAAGUGUGUGUGUGUGUGUUUGUAUGGGGAUUGCAAUGGUAUGUGCAAUACUGUAACUGUCUUCUGUGUAAAAUUAGUUAAAUUAAUGAUCAUUUCUAAUAAUAAGAAACCACUUUCUGAGCCAAUGAUCAAAUUUGUAAAGUUUAAAAUUUAGGCAACAAUUGGAAAUUUUAAAUUUUGACACGUUUUAAGUGCAGAAAAGGCAUUAGAAAAUUAAUCCCAGCACUCACUAUUUGUGGAUGAAAGUGUUGAGACGUUGCCGUUUCACUUGUUUGUGUAUUUGAAAGGCAAAAAUAAAGUCUAAAAUUUUGGUGUGGCUAACAAACGUUUAAAUCAGUCACGAACGUGUGGAAAUUUGGAGUUUUAACACUGAAAAAGUGCUGGUACUCUGCCUGUGCACUCUGUUUAGUUCUUUCUUUCUUUUUUUUCCGCAACGUAAGGAUUUAUUUUGUAAAUUAUAACCACACACAAGAUUUAAAAUUUGUUGGGUGUCUAUAAAAUCAAAGAUGUGAUGCAUUGAUGGAAUAAAUAAAUAAAUUUUGCUUCUUUUUUUUUU